AUGGCACAAGUCCAAGGCUAUGCAAACCCACCGUUCGAGAAACUCAAGCAAGCGCUCGAAGACAAGAUCGCGGCCGACGAGGAACUCGGCGCGUCCAUCGUGCUCAACGUCGACGGCAAGAACGUCGUCGACAUCUGGGGCGGCUACUUUGACGAAGCCAAGACGCAACCGUGGCAAUCCGACACCAUCACCAACGUGUGGUCGUCGACCAAGACCAUCGCGACCUUUGCCCUGCUCGUCGCGCACGACCGCGGCCUCCUGUCCGUCGACGACCCCGUGGCCAAGCACUGGCCCGAGUUUGCGGAGAACGGCAAAGAAGGUGUGCUAGUCCGCCACCUCAUGUCGCACACGUCCGGCGUGUCCGGGUGGGAAGACCCCAUCACGGCCGAAGAGGUCAUGGACGUGCCGGCGUCGACGGCGCGGCUCGCCAAGCAAGCCCCCUGGUGGGCGCCGGGUACGGCGAGCGGCUACCACGCGGUCAACAUGGGCCACCUGCUGGGCGAGGUGCUGCGGCGCGCGACGGGCAAGACGAUGAAACAGUUUGUGGCCGACGAGAUCGCGGGGCCCCUGGGCGCCGACUUCCAGAUCGGCGCCCUGGAACGCGACUGGCCGCGCGUGUCGCCCGUCACGCCGCCGCCGCCUUUUCCCUGGGACUUUGCCAAGAUGGACCCGAACAGCCCGACGGUCAAGACGUUCAGCAACCCGCAGCUGGACGCGCGCAAGGCCUUGCUCUCGGAGUGGCGCCGCGCCGACAUGGCCGCCGUGAACGGGCACGCCAACGCCCGCGCGCUGAACCGCAUCUUGUCGGCCAUCCCGAACGGGGGGGUCGUCGACGGCGUCAGGCUCCUCUCGCCCGAGACCAUCGACCUGAUCUUCCGCCAACAGGCCGACGGGCCGGAUCUCGUCAUCGGCCUGCCCUUGCGGUUCGGCAUCGGCUACGGGCUCGGUGGGGGCGGGACCGCGCAGACCGUGCCCUGGCUGCCCACGGGGAAGAUGUGUUUCUGGGGAGGCUGGGGCGGCAGCUUGGAGGUCAUGGACCUGCACCACAAAGUCACCUUCACCUAUGUCAUGAAUCGGAUGGGCGAGGGCAUUCUUGGCAAUAGUCGCUCGCAGGAGUACGUGCAGUUGGUGUGGAAAAUCUUGGACGAGCAACCGCAGGCGAAUGGUAAGCUGUGA